AAGAAACAAAAAGACGUAUCUCUUGUGGGCAUAAUAUAUAGUUGGCCUCCAUUCGAAAAUUAUACAAUUUAUUAUUAAGAGAAAAACGGGAUAAACCUCGCUUCGCUUCACUGGAAAACCAAUUAAAAUUUAUAGAAGGAGACGUCGCAAUGGGGAGUCGGUUUAAUGGAUGCUUUCGAUGGUGUAUAUUCGCAAAGUUACUCUAUGAUUAAUUAGCACUUACCCAAUCAGACGCGAAGAUUCGCGCCCCAUUUUUCGAGCUCAAUCUCUGUGCUGAUUGGCUGUUAAUGACGUCAGCCCGUUGAGCUGCCUACGCAGAGGAGGUUUAUUGGUUUGAGUGUCGGUGACAAAUACGAGCAGGCUUAACUGAUCCACGCUCGAAAUUCAGUCUCCGCAUCUGAGAAAAUGGACAGAGCUGCACCUAUGAUUGUGAUCACACUGACAGUGUUAUCGAGUGGUGUGGAGAGCAGAGCGAGGACAUGUUACUUCGGUCCCCCUGCACCGAAACCUGAUCCUGAUAACCCGGAUCACUGGAUGAAGCAAGUCAUGCGAGAGAUACGAGAGCGUUGCCCAGGAAAGAGGGGAUGCAGCACGGCUGACAAAGGACAUACGGAGCCAGGACCCACGACAGUCAAGUGUGCGACCCCGGGGUCGUUGGGAAUGGAGGACGGGACCAUCUCUGAUCACCAGAUCUCGGCGUCGAGUAGUCACUCCUCGGGUUGCUGCUCUGCCUGGGUGGCACGCCUCAACGGCGAGAGCCGAUGGAAACCCGAUAGUGGCGACGACAAUCCCUGGAUCGAGGUUGACCUCCGUAAGAGUACAGUUAUCUCUGGCCUCAUUACACAAGGAGGCGCCGGUGGUGGUCACGUGACUAAGUACAAGGUUGCGUAUCAGAGCGAGCACUCAUCUGCCCGGGUAUAUGUGACAAAUGGAGACGGAACCAUAAAGGUGUUCUACGGCAAUACUGACGGCAACACCUUAGUCACCAACCAGUUUGAUGAGAGCGUAGUGGCCACGACAGUGCGCAUUGAACCGACUGCGUGGAGCGGUGGACUUCGUCUGCGAGUAGAAUUGCUCGGAUGUCGUCUGAGUACCUAUAACUGUUUUGUUGUAGUUACUGCAUCACUGGCGAUAUUUUCGCAUUGUCGUAAUCCAACAAUGGGAGUACCAUACACUUUUCUGUUCUCCAUUGCCGGUGUGUUCAUUGGGAGUGGCAUUUUUCAGACAAGUUCAGUAUUGACUGGGCAGGUCCCGCAGAUAAUAUCUCAUACCUUCGACAAGCUUGAUAUCAGCUCUCCCCAGCACAGAGUUAUCGCAUCGUCAGUGCGUGCAUCCAAGAUGCGGUGUGCCGCCGAUUGCGCGGCAGCAGCCGAUUGUAUACAAUUCUGCUACGAGCCGACGACCAGACUUUGCCUGCUUGAAGGCGCCGCUGAUACCUCCGAAAACCCAGGGGACGCUGGAACUUGCUAUAAGAAGACUUCAAAGGAAGGAUCCGCAGAGCCUGGGCCCGCGGCAGCUGAAUGUGCGACCCCAGUGCCGUUAGGGAUGCAGGACGGGACCAUCAGCGAUGAAAACAUUACCGCAUCCAGUGGGAAAGACACUGCCAAGAAUGCACGACUCAACGGCAGUGACGCAUGGCUUCACGGGAACGAAGCCAAUCCAUGGAUCGAGGUGGAUCUUGGUGAAAAGACAGUGGUGUCUGGCGUCAUCACACAGGGAAAUCCCAAUGACGAUUGGCGGGUGAUGAUGUACCAGGUGUCAUACCAGAAGCAGCACUCAUCUGACCGUCUGCACGUGACCGAUGGAAACGGAAACAUCACGGUGUUCAUCGGUAACAACGACCGCACAAGCCCGGUCACUAACCUGUUUAAUGAGAGUGUGGUGGCCACGACAGUGCGCAUUGAGCCGACCAAAUGGAAUACUUAUGCUGAUUUGCGAUUUGAGCUGCUUGGAUGUCGCCUUGUCGUCAAGAUCUACCCGUUCCUGGGAGCAGACAAUUAUGAGCAGAACAUUCUGGGUCAGAAUUCAGUCUCCACAUCUGAGAACAUGGACGGAGCUGCACCUUUGAUUGUGAUAGCGACAACACUAACAUUGUUCUUGAGUGGUGUGGAGGGCACAGCGAGGACUUGUUACUUCGGUCCCCCACCGAAACCUGAUCCUGAUAACCCGGAUCACUGGAUGAAGCAAGUCAUGCGAGAGAUACGAGAGCGUUGCCCGGGAAAGAGGGGACGUAGCCCAGCUGAGCAAGGAUACACUGAGCCAGAACCCACAAGAGUCCAUUGUUCUCCUCGGCGGUUAGGAAUGGAGGACGGGACUAUUUUGGACACAAAAAUCACGGCAUCGAGUUACCACGGAGACCACUAUCCAUGGGCUGCACGCCUCAACGGCCCUGGCACAUGGUCACCUGUGAGGGCUUUCGGUUCCUGGAUCGAGGUGGACCUUGGUGAAACUACAGCAGUGUCUGGCAUCAUCACGCAGGGAAGUUCGUACGGCAAUGUUGUGAAGAAGUACAAGGUGGCGUAUUGCCAGACGCACAACUCUCCUGACCGUUUGCACGUGACUGACGCAGAUGGAAACGUCAAAGUGUUCAUCGGUAACACCGACAAUUCCACCCCGGUCAAGAACCUGUUUGAUGAGAGUGUGGUGGCCACAGCAGUGCGCAUUGAGCCGACUGAGUGGAAUCCUUGGGUAAAUCUGCGGUUGGAGUUGCUUGGAUGUCACCUUGGUUUGUUAUCGAGUGGUGUGGAGAGCACAGCGAGGACGUGUUACUUUGGUCCACCACCAAAACCUGAUCCUGAUAACCCAGAGCACUGGAUGGAGCAAGUCAUGCGAGAGAUACGAGAGCGUUGCCCGGGAAAGAGGGGACGUAGCCCAGCUGAGGAAGGACCCACAGAGCCAGGACACACGACAGUCGAGUGUGCAACCCCGAGGCCGUUAGGGAUAGAAAAUGGGACCAUCCCCGAUUCAAAGAUGUCAGCGUCGAGUAGCUGGCAUGACGGAUGCUGCCCUGCUUGGGCUGCGCGCCUCAACAACAAAACGAGAUGGGCAUCCGCAAGUGGCGACACCAGUCCCUGGAUCGAGGUGGACCUGGCUGAGAGAACGGUCGUGUCUGGAGUCAUCAUACAGGGAGACCCGUGGUGGGAAAACUGGGUGACGAAGUACAAGGUGUCAUACCAGGCGCAGCACUCAUCUGACCGUAUACACGUGACAGGUGGAAACGGAAACAUCACGGUGUUUAUCGGCAACACAGACAGUGACACCCCUGUAACCAACCUGUUUGAUGAGAGUGUGGUGGCCACGACGGUGCGCAUUGAGCCGACUAAAUGGCAUGGUCGGGUUUAUCUCCGAUUAGAGCUGCUUGGAUGUCGCCUUGAUUAAUGCAACUGCAUCGUCUUACUUGCUACACAUUUUCUGAUACAUGUUGAAGUUUCAUCUUUGGAGAAAAAAAUUUCUAUAAAUAUAAAUUGAGAUAAGUGUGAUUACCAGAGGAUAGCGUGUUGGAUAACCCACGAGGUUCUGCGUGCUCUGAAAAGUUGAAAUAAAUACAAUAAUAUCUCAAAAUCUCGAUUUAAGUUUAAUUUUACAUUACAGACAAUAUUUCAUUUUGAAUGACACAAAAUGUUGGAUCAGGGGCGUAGUCACGGAGAGGGGGGGGUCCUGGGGUACCGUAUGGAAUUCCAUAUCUGUUGUCGUGUGUCGCCGUCGUGCGUCGUACGUCGCCCGUGGUUUUUUUCUUACGCUUGUGCAUUGCUAUUUUUCACAAAGACCCUUGCUCUUUUCACAUACGUGUUCGAUCGAUCCGCCAUGCCUGUCUGUACUUCCACGAUAACCUAACAGAUCAUACCCCAAAAAUACAAGAGAAACUUUGAACUGAAUGUAUAAAAUAAACUAUUUACAAUGAUUGAUUCCUUAAUAUCGUUUAUAAGAGACGAACUGAUUCAACAUUAUUUUGUGGGCGGGUAUACCUACGAUGAAAUCUGCUGUAUACUCCAAAUUAGACUUGACUUGAGUUGCACGUAGGCACACAGAAGUUUUAUAAACAGUAAUGUUCCUGAUCCUUGGAAAUAGUUAUUCGUGGUACCCGUUGCUACAUCUGACUCGACCAGCCGUCUCGAGGUGGUCGAGUGGUUUAAGGCGUCUGCACUAGUAAGCAGGAAGUUGUGGGUUCGAAUCCCACCCGAGUACACUUGUGCAUUUUCACAAGCCUUCGGGGGCAAACACUGAGUAUAUAGUGUUAUACGUUGGGCAGGGCCAAAAUACACAACAUCUACCCACACUGCCAAAAAUACUACUGAAUGAGAAAUAUUGUACGAUAUUUUGACAACAUUAAUCUACUGUAAACUUUUAAACUUUUGUUUAUAGUAAAUAAACAUGUUUGUUACACGUAUUUACUGUCCUUUUGUGAACGCUGUACAAUACUCUAUAUUUAAAAGUAAUGUUUUACGGUAUAAGCUGUGACGUCAAUUUGCAUAUUGACACAAAUGGUGCGUUGCUUCUUUUGCCAAGUAAUUUUGUGGUUUUCCAUUCUUAAUGCAAGUAUUUGACAUUACUCUGACAAACGCUGGUGGUUUUUUGGAUGUAGUUUUACACGUGAAUGCGAACCACUGCUGACGUGAACAUUAAAAAAGCUGACUUUUUCAUGUUCCAACCACGAUUGCUCUUGGGAGCCAAACAUUGCACAUUUACCAUGCCAAUGUAAAUUAAGAAUGUUAAUAAAGUUCUGCCGCGAUCUAAAUACGAGGUAUGUGUAGGUUAUAUGUAAUUAUUUUUGAAUUGUUAAAAUUAAUGUGAAUCUGCGAAUCCUUCAUCAACAGAAACAGAACUUAUACACAAAUACUUAUGUAGAAUGAACCCGUAAUCAAUGAAAAUACUAACUUGCUGUGUCCAGUGUCUACUUCAAAUUAAUGCAAUUAACUGAAAUAAUUUAAUGUUGUUUUGUUGUUUGGCCAAUAAAUGACGGCGAUAUUACGGAGCUUUGGACGUGCCAUCCGACUUGUUGAGAUCAUCUUGACAUGUUUUUUCUUGGGAUAAAGACAUAACAUUAAAAGGCAAGAUUUCGACAUCUUGAGAUAAUUUAUCACGGGAUGACGACAUCGGAAAAGUUAUAUGACGACAUCCUCAAUCUUAAUCAUUAUCUUAGGAUGUCGUCACCCAGAGACAUCCAGCAAGUGUAAUGUCUACUUCAUCAUGACGUUGUAUCAAUUUAACUAAUAUUAUAUAUGGUAAUAGGAAGAUUAUGCUUUUUUAAAAAGACGAAAGCACCUCAGGUCGCCUGUGCAUUUUCGAGGCGGUUUGUCGAUGCACCCAUUCACAAAUAUAAUGUCAUUAUUCCACUUUUAUGAUGUCGUUAUCCAUGAUAGGUUAAAUAUCCAAGGAUGUGGCCGUCCAACUUUUACGAUGUCGUCAUUCUGUGAUAAUUUAUCUCGAGACCUCAUCAUCCAACUUAUAGGAUCAUCAUUCCGUGAUAAUUCAUCUCGGAAUGUCAUCAUCCCGUGAAAAAUUAUCUCAGGAUACCGAUAUUUUAAAUAUACGAUGUCGUCAUUCCAAAAAAAAUAAUGUAUAAGCAGGAUCGAAAUAAGUUGAAUGUCACUUCCAGAGCUUCGUAUGAUUUAUCGUU